AUGCUCCACCUUCAGAAAAGAAUUCGCGCAAUGGCGCUUCACCUCCUACCGCUCGACUUCCCCGACCUUGUGAACCUCGCGGUGAGGACGGCCUCAGCAAAGCCUCGCGCCGAAGAAGAAACUAGACCCGUGCGCCCGCUGCCCAGUAGAAAGAGAACGGCCACGAUGGAUAGAACCCGCACGCUCUGCAAGCGUUGCGGCGGAUAUGGGCACACUUUUAGACAGUGUCCUGAUUACGUCUGCUGCAUCUGCAGCGAGAUUGGACCGGAUCAUCUAUCGAUCCACUGCCCUGGACUCAAGGGACGCAUCGUGCUCCAAGAGUUUUCAGAUGAAGAGAAGUUUUUCGAAGCUCUCUUAGAUUGGGAGCAGAACCAUAAAGCACUCGCCGACCUCGCGCUCGCCUUCCCUAUUCCACCUUCCCCUAUGCCCGCGACGCCGAUACCCCUCACGCCUGUGCCAGCAACUCCCUCGACACCCGCACCGUCCUCCCAGCCUUUGGACGUAGUGUUAAUUGAAGCCGGUGACUUCAACCUUAGUAACGGGGUAAUGUUACAGGGAUCUGUAACACCUACUAGAGCCCCAGCUCUCCCUACACCUGCCCCCGCUCUGCUAGACUCCCCGCGCGGCGGUGCGCCGCCUGCGCCUAGAAAGACAGCGGUCUGGACCGCUAUGACCCCACCUCAUGGCGCUAUGACCCCGCCUGAUGCUAUGACCCCGCCCCUGGCCUAG